AUGGCUUUUGGCCAGUCUCUCGGCGAUCAACAAUCCUUGUUGCUCCAAUUGAAGAACAAUCUCGUAUUCGACAGAGAGGAUUCGACAAAACUGGUGCACUGGAAUGAAAAUACUGAUUGUUGUUUGUGGGAAGGUGUAACCUGCAGUGAGGGACGUGUUAUUGGUCUCGACUUGAGCAGCGAAGCAAUCUCCGAUGGACUGGACGAUUCAAGCAGCCUCUUCGGUCUUCAGCAUCUGCAGAACCUCAAUUUGGCAAAUAACCACUUCAAUUAUCUACAGGAGUUUCCUUCUAAGCUCGACAUGCUGACGAAUCUGAUUUACUUGAACCUAUCACAUGCUGGCUUUGGAGGUCAGAUUCCAAUUGCGAUUUCGCGCUUGACAAGGUUGGUUGUUCUUGAUUUAUCUUCGCGAUCGUCACCAUGUGCGUCCUAUAAACGGUCAUGCGAUGAUGAAAUGCCAUUGAUAAAACUUGAGAAUCCAAAUCUUAAGAUGCUCGUUCAGAACCUUUCUGAGCUUAUAGAAAUUCAUCUUGAUGUCGUUAAAAUAUCAGCACCAGGGAAUGAGUGGUGCGAAGCCUUGUCUUCUUCACUGCCAAAUCUGAGAGUGUUGAGCUUGUCAAAUUGUCAUCUUUCAGGCCCUCUUGAUCCAUCCUUACUUAAGCUUCAGGCCCUUGUGAGUAUAAAUCUCAAAGGCAACCACCUCUCUACUUCAGUUCCAGAGUUCUUGGGAGAUUUCAAAAGCUUGAGGUACUUGUUUCUUAGUAAUUCUGGGUUGAACGGCACAUUUCCAAAAAAGAUCUUCCAGUUACCAAUGCUUGAGAUUCUUGACUUGUCCGGAAAUUAUCUACUUGGAGGUUCAUUGCCAGAUUUUCCUUCGGAUGGAUCUCUCCGGACCCUUCUGCUUAGCAGAACAGAGUUUUCAGGUGUAUUGCCAGAUUCUUUUGGUAAGCUUACAAUGUUAUCCACAAUAGAUCUUUGGGGAUGUAAUUUCAGUGGAUCGAUCCCAGAGUCAAUGUCAAGCCUCACUCAGCUAGUUUAUUUGAGGCUCUCAUACAACCAUUUCUGCGGACCAAUCCCAAAGUCAAUGGCAAGCCUCACUCAGUUAGUUUAUUUGGACCUCUCAUACAACCAUUUCAGCGAACCAAUUCCAUCGUUCAGCAUGGCCACGAAUUUGAAGAUGAUAGAUCUUUCUAAUAAUGAUCUUACUGGCCAUAUUACUUCCACUGACUGGGCAAUGUUUCAGAAUCUAGAAUUUCUCGACUUGGAGAACAACUUGCUUAUGGGCAAUAUUCCAAUUUCUCUGUUUUCCCUUCCAUUACUUCGGAGAUUAAUACUUUCAAACAAUAGUUUUUCUGGUCAACUCAAUGAAUUUUCUAAUGUUUCUUCUGACAAACUGAGUGAAGUUUAUUUGGAUAGUAACAACUUGGAAGGGCCAAUUCCUAUGUCUGUCUUUGAACUUCGAGGUCUUUGGUUCCUUUCACUUGCUUCAAACAACUUUAAUGGUUCCUUGAAACUUGAUGAUAUGAUUCAACAAUUGAGUUCUCCCAAAAAUCUUGAUCUUCCGAGUCAGUUAAAAAAUUUUACUGAUUUCUUGAGAAACCAAUCUAACUUAUACCACCUAGAUCUUUCCAACAACCAGAUUCACGGAGAGAUACCCAGCUGGAUUUGGAUUCCUACUCUUAACUACUUAGAUCUCUCUCAUAACUACUUUGUGACUCUACAAGGACCUUUAACCAAUGCUUCUGGGAUAUACUCUCUGUACCUUCAGUCUAACCAGCUCCAGGGGCCAUUGCCAGUUUUCAUAGUAGAUGCCUCUGUUUUGGAUUUUUCAAGGAAUAAUUUCAGCUCUAUACCAACUAACAUUGAUCACAUCUUUAGAAAUGUUGAGUUCUUGUCUCUUUCAAGCAAUAAACUCAAUGGAAGUAUUCCUGCAUCAAUAUGUAAUAUCUCAGAACUCCAAGUUCUAGAUAUGUCGAACAAUUCCGUGAGUGGAACUAUCCCCCACUGCUUGUUUGAGAUGGUAAAUUUUCGGCCACUAGCGGUGCUGAACCUAGAGGGCAACAAUCUCAGCGGAAAAAUUUCUGAUACAUUUCCAGGCAAUUGUAGCCUACAUACCUUAACUCUUAAUGGAAACCAACUAGAAGGAGGGCUACCAAAAUCUCUGGAUAAUUGCAAAUCCUUGCAAGUUUUAGACCUUGGGAAUAACCACAUCCAAGAUAUCUUUCCAUGUUACUUGAAGAACAUAUCCAGCUUGCGUGUUCUCGUUUUAAGAUCGAACAAAUUCUACGGGUCCAUUGGUUGUCCAAGCCAUAAUGCAACGUGGCCAAUGCUACAAAUUAUAGACUUGGCUUCGAACACUUUUAGUGGCAACCUUCCGAGUAACUCCUUGGCCGGAUGGAAGGCAAUGACAAUUGAUGAAAUUGGGGCCCAGUUAGAGCCUCGGCACCUGGGAUUUCAAGGGUAUUAUCAAGAUACGGUAACAAUUACCAUGAAAGAUCAAGAGCUGAAGCUGGAGAAGAUCCUAACUAUCUUUACAUCCAUUGACUUUUCGUGCAACAAUUUCGAUGGGCAUAUACCUGAAGAACUAGGAGGACUCAAAUACCUACAUAUUCUCAAUUUGUCACAAAAUGCAUUCACUGGCCAAAUUCCAUCAACUCUGGCAAAAUUGAGUAAGCUCGAGUCAUUAGACCUAUCUGGUAACGAGCUCACAGGAGAGAUUCCUCAACAACUUGCAGAUGGUCUUAUUUUCCUCUCUGUCAUCAACCUUUCAUUCAACCAACUGGUGGGAAGGAUUCCACGGAUCAAGCAAUUUGCUACAUUUUCGGAAACAUCCUAUGAAGGGAAUAAAGGAUUAUGUGGCUUUCCAUUGAAAGAAAAUUGCAGUGGUGAUGGAGUGCCUCCAAUAUUUGAAGAAACUCAUUCCAACUCAGAGAUUGUGGUUGACUGGAACUACCUGAGUGCUGAAUUGGGUUUUGUUUUUGGUUUUGGGAUUGUCAUUGUGCCAUUGAUGUUUUGGAAGAGGUGGAGGUUUUGGUAUUCUAAAAAGAUUGAUGACAUUCUUUUUAAGAUCUUUCCCAAGCUGUAUCUUGGAAAAGAAUACCGUCGCAAGCCAAUGCACAGAAAUCAAGCUGGGAGGAGACAUCAAGGAUAG